AAAUCAAGGGCUGCUCCUGCUCGCCAACGGUAAAAGCAGAAAGGGCGCCGUAAAAAUUCCCCAAUCUUCACCCACAUCCACCCACGAAAUCAAAGGCCGCAGCGCAACCGCCCCUCCCCUUCCGCCGUUCCGCCGCCUAUUCAAACCCCGUCCCCCAGCCCAAACCCUUCCCCCCUUCCCUCCCUCCCGUUCUUCCGCCGCAACCAUGGCCGCCGCCUCCUCCAGCGGCGGCGGCGGCGCGGGCGACGACCACGAGCCCUACCUCCUGGGCUUCAUCGUCUCCAAGAUCGUCGGCAUGCGUCACUACACAGCCAAGGUCGCCGGCCGCGAGAACGUCAACCUGGUCCGGGAGCCGCUGAACCCUUACGACGGGAACGCCAUCGCCGUCCACAACGGCCGCAACGAGAAGGUCGGCCACAUCCCCGCCAACGUCGCCAAGGCGCUCGCCCCGCUCCUCGACUCCGACCUCCUCGUCGCGGCGCACGGCAUCGUGCCCCGCACGGACUCCAGGAUCAACCGCGAUGACUUCAAGCCCCACAUGCUCCCCUGCCAGGUCCACCUCUUCGCGCGCCCCGAAGCCGCCGCCGUUGUCGAGGUCGCGCUCUACGAGGCCGAGCUCGACCUCAUCCACCCCAACCACCCCGAGUUCGCCCUCUCCCAGUCCGCCGCGGUCAUGGAGCGGACCAAGAAGGCCGACCGGGACGUCGAUAAGCUGUUCUCGCUCGUGGGGGGAAAGGAAGGGAAGGCCCGGAUUGAUCCGAUGGAGGCGCCCGGGGAUGUUGUGCUAUCGGAGCUGUUCGACCAUCAGAAGGAGGCGCUGGGGUGGAUGGUGCACAGGGAAGAGUCGGGAGACCUGCCGCCGUUCUGGGAAGAAACUGAAGAUGGGGUAUUCGAGAAUGUGCUUAUCAAUCAGAAGACAGAGGAGCGUCCGCCGCCCCUGAAGGGUGGCAUUUUCGCUGAUGAUAUGGGGCUAGGGAAGACUCUCACGCUGUUGUCGUUGAUUGGGAGGACUAAAGCUCGCAAUGUGGGUGUCAAGGAGGCUAAAAGGGCGAAGAGGAGGAGGGUUGAGGAUGCAGGGGAGGGACCGCGGCCGACGCUUGUGGUGUGCCCGCCCUCGGUGUUCUCAUCUUGGGUGACACAGCUGGAGGAGCACUUGGAACCAGGCAGCUUGAAAGUGUAUAUGUACCAUGGGGAGCGGACAAGAGAUAAGAAGGAGCUGUUGAAAUAUGAUCUUGUUCUUACCACUUACAGCAUCUUGGGGACAGAAUUUGAGCAGGAGGACUCACCGGUGAAACAUAUUGAGUGGUUCCGCGUGAUUCUGGAUGAAGCCCAUGUCAUAAAGAAUUCUACAGCACGGCAGACAAAGGCAGUGAUUGCUCUGAAUGCAGAGAGGCGGUGGGUGGUCACUGGGACGCCAAUUCAGAACAGCUCAUUUGAUCUAUACCCCUUAAUGGCAUUUUUGAAGUUCCAGCCUUUCUCAAUCAAGAGCUACUGGCAGAAAUUGAUCCAGCGCCCCUUGGAGAAAGGGAAUAAGACUGGGUUGUCACGGUUGCAAAACCUCCUAGGUGCAAUCUCACUGCGCAGAAUCAAAGAGACAGACAUUGGAACCAAGAGCAUGGUUGAGCUUCCCCCUAAAACUGUUUUAGAAUGCUGUAUUGAUCUUUCUGCAGAGGAGCGUGAGAUCUAUGAUCGGAUGGAAUUGGAAGUGAAAAACAAAAUGCAGGAAUUUGGUGACAGAGAUUCAAUUUUGCGUAAUUAUUCCACUGUGCUUUAUGUCAUUCUGAGGCUCCGCCAGCUGUGUGACGAUGUCUCAUUAUGUCCUUUAGAUGUGAAAUCAUGGCUUCCCUCCAACUCCCUUGAAGAUGUGUCUAAAAACCCAGAGCUAUUGAAGAAACUGGCCUCAUUGGUAGAUGAUGGAGAUGACUUUGACUGUCCAAUUUGCCUCUCCCCACCUACUAAAACUGUCAUAACCAGCUGCACUCACAUAUACUGCCAAACCUGCAUUGUGAAAAUCCUCAAGAGCUCGAGUUCCCGUUGCCCAAUAUGCCGGCGCUCCUUAUCUAAAGAGGACCUCUUCCUUGCUCCAGAGGUAAAGCAUUCCGAUGAAGAUGGAGCAGGCAAACCUGUGUCUGACAGACCCCUCUCUUCCAAGGUGCAAGCCCUACUGAAGCUGCUGAAGACUUCACAGAAUGAAGACCCCUCGUCGAAGUCUGUUGUUUUUUCUCAGUUCAAGCAGAUGUUGAUCUUGCUGGAAGCGCCCCUAAAAAAUGCAGGCUUUAAUAUACUGCGUCUUGACGGGUCAAUGAGCAUGAGUAAGAGGUUGCAAGUCAUCAAGCAGUUCGCCCACAGUGGCCCUGACUCUCCAACCGUGCUACUUGCCAGCCUGAAAGCUGCGGGAGUUGGCGUGAACCUGACGGCUGCCUCAACGGUGUACCUCUUCGACCCCUGGUGGAACCCCGGGGUGGAGGAACAGGCCAUGGACAGGGUUCACCGUAUCGGUCAGAAGAAAGAGGUGAAGGUGAUACGGCUCAUCAUAAAGGACAGCAUCGAGGAGAGGAUACUGUCGCUGCAGGAGAAGAAGAAGCAGCUGAUCAGCAGCGCGUUCGGGAAGAAGGGGGCCAAGGGUGACAAGGAGAUGCGUGUGGAAGAGCUCCGGAUGAUGUUGGGCCUGGAUAAGGGAAGGCCGGCCGGCUGCUGGUGGUAGCGGUAGUUGCCCUUCUGAAGCUGCUUGUCAUACAGGUGCUGGCUCUAGGGAUGGAAAGUUGUAACUAGUUGGAUAGCUCUAGGGAUGGAGGUUGUAGCUAGUAGAGAUGUUGCUGAGAGCAAGGAGAGGCUUGUUGGAGUGCGCUCUGUCUAGCAGUGGGAGCAUCUGAUGUUAGAAGAGCUCCCUUAAUAUUUCAGUUUUUGAAGCGCGGGGCUGGAAGAAAUUCCUGCAACGAUGUAUGUCUCUGAUGCUAGACAUUAGCGUUAGAUCAAGAGUGCUAAAAUGGAUGCAGGUAUGGUCUAUGGACUCCUGAGUUGUGGUUAUUAGAGUUCUUGAACAUGGAUACAUGGCCAAUUACUCAAUCCUAGAAUACAUAUCUGCUCGUGAUAUAGUAGCUUCGGACAUCGUAAUUGAAGGAAUAAUGAAGCUUCCAGAUGUGUGCAGCUUAAGGGAACGCAAGAAGCAGGAUUCUUUGAACUUUGAAGCGCAGUUUGCCUGCUAGCUCCAUCUUUUGCAGUGUCUCUAGCGUAGUGUACAAAUGUAGUGUUAAGCCGAUCUGUCAAACAGUCAGCCCAAAACUGGUUUAGCUAGUGCCUAGUGGCCGCUGCUGGAAGUAACACGUCCUCUUGUGGUGUGACAAUUCUGAAUUUUUAGUAUUGGUUA